CACAUCAUAUUUCCUUCAGAUAACACUUGAGAAAACUUUGGACUCUGUUUCCUGUUCAAAGCAACAGAAUAACUUCACAGACGUUCAACGGCUUCAUGACGAUUAUUUCUUAUCAUCAGAAGCAGGUGGCGCUCGGCUAUGAAUCAGAUCAUGGACAGUGAAGAGGAAGCUCCGCCCUCUAAAAUCACUAUGUGUGAGGAACAUGAUGGUCAGAGGAUCCAUCAACAGAGACCAGACUCUGCUGGACCUGGACCCAGCUGUGUCUCCAUGUCGAGUGACUGCUCCAUGGGUCAACCUGUGGGCUUCAAACAAGAACAGAGGAGGAUUCAUCAACAGAGACCAGACUCUGCUGGACCUGGACCCAGCUGUGUCUCCAUGUCGAGUGACUGCUCCAUGGGUCAACCUGUGGGCUUCAAACAAGAACAGAGGCCAGAUGACGGAGGGUGGAGAGUUGAUCAGCAGAGGACAGAGGUUCUCAGUGGUCAGUCUGUCCAACAGCAUCGAGCAGACCUGGACUCCAUAUUUAAGCUGCUGGAGGAGAACAUCAUCUGCUUUAUGAAGAACGAGCUGAAGAACAUCCAGAAGGUUCUGGGUACAGAUCACACAAAAGUCUCAGAGAGUUGGGAAGAAGAUGGUGGAUGGAUGGAUGGUGAGGAUGAGGGGCAGAGGAGGAGCAGAGAGGCCUUUCUGAAGAUCACAGAUAACUUCUUGAGGAGGAUGAAGCAGGAGAAGCUAGCCGAUUGUCUGCAGAGAAAAACCAGAGCUCCAUCUGAAUGUGAACUCAAAUCAAACCUGAAGAAGAAGUUCCAGUGUUUGUUUGAGGGUGUGGCUAAAGCAGGAAACCCCACCCUUCUUAAUGAGAUAUUCACAGAGCUUUACAUCACAGAGGGAGGGUCUGGAGAGGUCAACGAAGAACAUGAGGUCAGACAGAUUGAAAAAGCUUCCUGGAAACCAGACAGACCAGAAACAACCAUCAGACAAGAAGACAUCUUCAAAGCCUCAGCUGGAAGAGAUGGACCAAUCAGAACAGUGAUGACAAAGGGAGUGGCUGGCAUUGGGAAAACAGUCUUAACACAGAAGUUCACCCUGGACUGGGCUGAAGACAAAACCAACCAGGACAUACAGUUCAUGUUUCCCUUCACCUUCAGAGAGCUGAAUGUGCUGAAAGAGAAGAAGUACAGUUUGGUGGAACUCAUCCAUCAGUUCUUCACUGAAACCAAAGAAGCAGGAAUCUGCAGGUUUGAAGACUUUAGGGUGGUCUUCAUCUUUGAUGGUCUGGACGAGUGUCGACUUCCUCUGGACUUCCACAACACUGAGAUCCUGACUGAUGUCACAGCAUCCACCUCAGUGGACGUGCUGCUGACAAACCUCAUCAAAGGGAAACUGCUUCCCUCUGCUCGCCUCUGGAUAACCACACGACCUGCAGCAGCCAAUCAGAUCCCUCCUGACUGUGUUGACAUGGUGACAGAGGUCAGAGGGUUCACGGACCCACAGAAGGACGACUACUUCAGGAAGAGGUUCAGAGAUGAAGAGCAGGCCAGGAGGAUCAUCUCACACAUCCAGACAUCACAAAGCCUCCACAUCAUGUGCCACAUCCCAGUCUUCUGCUGGAUCACUGCAACUGUUCUGGAGAACAUGUUGAAACCCAGAGAUGGAGAAGAACUGCCCAAGACCCUGACUGAGAUGUACAUCCACUUCCUGGUGGUUCAGUCCAAAGUGAAGAAGGUCAAAUAUGAUGGAAGAGCUGAGACAGAUCCACACUGGAGUCCAGAGAACAGGAUGAUGGUUGAGUCUCUGGGGAAACUGGCUUUUGAGCAGCUGCAGAAAGGAAACCUGAUCUUCUAUGAAUCAGACCUGACAGAGUGUGGCAUCGAUAUCACAGCUGCUUCAGUUUACUCAGGAGUCUUCACUCAGAUCUUUAAAGAGGAGAGAGGCCUGUACCAGGACAAGGUCUUCUGCUUUGUCCAUCUGAGUGUUCAAGAGUUUCUGGCUGCUCUUCAUGUCCAUCUGACCUUCAACACCUCUGGAACAAAUCUGUUGUCAGAAGACCCAACAACGGGCCAGACACUGUUUGGAAACAACCCUGAACUGAAUCAUCUGCACCAGAGUGCUGUGGACAAGGCCUUACUGAGUCCGAAUGGACACUUGGACUUGUUCCUCCGCUUCCUCUUGGGUCUUUCACUGAAGACUAAUCAGAAGCUCUUAAAAGGUCUACUGACACAAACAGGAAGUGAUUCACAGACCAAUCAGAAAACAGUUAAAUACAUCAAGAUGAUGAUAAUCAGUGAGAAUCUGUCAGCAGAGAGAAGCAUCAACCUGUUCCACUGUCUGAAUGAACUGAACCAUCGUUUUCUAGUGGAGGAGAUCCAAAAGUCCCUGAGAUCCGGACAUCUGUCCACAAAGACACUGUCUCGUGCUCAGUGGUCAGCUCUGGUCUUCAUCUUACUGUCAUCAGGAAAAGAUCUGGAAGAUUUUGACCUGAAGAAAUACUCUGCUUCAGAGGAGGCUCUUCUGAAGCUGGUGCCAGUGGUCAAAGCCUCCAACAAAGCUCUACUGAGUGCCUGUAACCUCUCAGAGAGAAGCUGUGAAGCUCUGUCCUCAGUCCUCAGCUCUCUGUCCUCUACUCUGAGACACCUGGACCUGGGUAACAAUGACCUGCAGGAUUCAGGAGUGAAGCUGCUGAGUGAUGGACUGAAGAGUCCUCACUGUUCUCUGGAGACUCUCAGACUGAGUGACUGUAACCUCUCAGAGAGAAGCUGUGAAGCUCUGUCCUCAGUCCUCAGCUCUCUGUCCUCCACUCUGAGACAUGUGGACCUAAGUAACAAUGACCUGCAGGAUUCAGGAGUGAAGCUGUUUUGUGAUGGACUGAAGAGUCCUCACUGUUCUCUGGAGACUCUCAGUCUGUCAGGUUGUCUGGUCACAGAGGAAGGAUGUUCUUCUCUGACCUCAGCUCUGAAUUCCAACCCCUCCCAUCUGAGAGAACUGGACCUGAGCUACAAUCAUCCAGGAGACUCAGGAAAGAAGCUGCUGUCUGCUGGACUGAAUAGUCCACGCUGGAGACUGGACACUCUCAGGAUGGACCAUGCUGGAGAGCAGAGGUUAAAACCUGGUCUCAGGAAGUAUUCAUGUGAACUGGAACCAGAUACAAACACAAUGAACAGAAAACUCCAACUGUCUGACGACAACAGGAAAGUGACCAAUGUGACUGAAGAUCAGUCGUAUCCUGAUCAUCCAGACAGAUUUAAGUUCUGUCCUCAGCUGCUGUGUAGAACUGGUCUGACUGGUCGCUGUUACUGGGAGGUUGAGUGGAGAGGAAAUGUUAAUAUAUCACUGAGUUACAGAGGAAUCAAGAGGAAAGUAAAGGGUUUUGACUGUUUGUUUGGACAUAAUGAUCAGUCCUGGAGUCUGAGCUGCUCUGAUGGUGGUUACUCUGUCUGUCACUGUAGAACUACAAUAUUCAUCAGGUCACACUAUGUCUCUCCCCGAGUAUCAGUGUAUGUGGACUGUCCUGCUGGGACUCUGUCCUUCUACAGCGUCUCCUCUGACUCACUGAUCCACCUCCACACCUUCAGGGCCACAUUCAGUGAACCGGUUUAUCCUGGGUUCUAUAUCUGGCCAGGUUCCUCAGUGUCUCUGUGUUCUCUGUAGGACAUGAAGAGACAGCCGCUUCAGUCGAGAUUUGAGUCAUGAAGGUGGUAUUAGAGAACUGUAUGUGCUCACACGAGUUUUUGACAAUUGAUUUGGAGCAACUUUCCUGUCAGAUAAAGUCAAACCAUUAAACCAAAGAGGUUUAAUGAUACGAUCCAUGUAGGCAUUGAUUCUGUUGUUGUUGUCCUUCUCUCCUUUUGAUGUACAUCACUGAUCAUUUCAGGACAAUCCUGUCCUGAUAAUAUAACUGUGCCAAAUGUGGCUUGACUGUGGAACUGUGCGGAAGAAGAACAUCUUACUCAAUGACAAUAAAUAAAGCAGCAAAGAUAA